AUGGCCCCAGACUACAGCAAGAACGUGCCGGAGAGACCGGAGCCUCACAAAGCAGAUGUGAAAGGGAGCCUCCCCAGCUGGCUGCAGGGCACCCUGCUGCGCAAUGGCCCCGGCAUUUUCUCUGUGGGGGAAACCACCUACAGCCACUGGUUUGACGGAAUGGCAAUCAUGCACAGCUUCACUUUUAAAGAUGGUGAGGUGACCUACAGGAGCAAAUACCUGAGAGGUGACACCUAUCAAGCUAACAUAGCUGCAAAACGAAUCGUAGUGUCUGAGAUGGGGACAAUGGCAUAUCCAGAUCCAAGCAAGAACUUCAUUGUCAAGGCAAUCACCUUUCUUAACCACACGGUGCCUGACUUUACUGACAACGGUGCAAGCAACAUCAUCAAAUAUGGGAACGACUACUACGCCACCUCUGAAACAAACUACAUCCGCAAGAUUGACCCUGUGACCCUGGAAACUCAGGAGAAGGUGGAUUACCUGAAGUACCUGGCGGUGAACGUGGUGACGUCCCAUCCACACUACGACAAGGAGGGCAAUGCCUUCAAUAUAGGGACUUCCAUAGCUGAGAAGGGCAAGACCAAAUACACACUGUUCAAAGUCCCUGCUCACUCAAAGAAAGGAUCAGACAAAGACAAAAAGACUUCAGCACUGAAGAAUGUGGAGGUCAUUUGCACGGUGCCCUGCCGUUCGCUCCUGACCCCCAGCUACUACCACAGCUUCGGCAUGACAGAAAACUAUUUCAUCUUCAUCGAGCAGCCUUUCAAACUGGACAUCGUAAAGAUGGCCACAGCCUACAUGAGGGGGGUCAACUGGGCAAGUUGCCUGAAAUACCAUCCUGAGGACAACACUCUGAUUCACCUGAUAGACAGGAAGACGGGCAAAGAGAUUGAGACAAAAUACUACACAGGGGCAAUGAUCGUCUACCAUCACGUGAACGCUUUCGAGGAUGAUGGCCAUGUGGUCUUUGAUGCCAUCGCCUACGAUGAUAAUAGCCUUUAUGAAAUGUUCUACCUGAACAAGCUGAAAGAAGGUGCUGACUUAAAAGAUGAUAGCUACUCUAUACCAACCUACAGAAGAUUUGCUCUGCCGUUGCACCCUGACAAGGGCACCAAGGCAGGAGACAACCUGGUGAAGCUCAAGUACACGACAGCCAGUGCUGUGAAAGAGAAGGAUGACAAGCUCAUCUGCCAGGCAGAGGUGCUCUGUCAAGGUCUUGAAUUACCCAGAAUUAAUUAUGACGUCAAUGGCAAGAGGCACCGUUUUGUCUAUGGGUGCUGUGUGGAGAGAUCUGCACUGGCCACAGAGAUCGGGAAGUUUGACACAGAAACCAAGACAAUGGUUAGGUGGAGUGAGGAGAACUGCUUGCCUUCAGAGCCUUUGUUCAUCCCCAGGCCCAACGGAGAGGCAGAGGAUGAUGGGGUGGUUUUGACAUCGGUUAUCAACUCCAACCAAGGACAGAGUGGUUUCAUCCUUGUGCUUGAUGCCAAGACAUUCAAGGAAGUCGCUCGAGCAUAUGUGAACAAUGAGCUCCACAAGGACAUGCAUGGAUUUUUCAUCCCACAUGGAAAUUAGUCAGAGAUUUAAAAAAAAAAAAAAAAAAAAAAAAAAAAGCCUUUGCAGACUUGCAGCUUCAGUUCCCAAAUAGUAUUUCAUGGAACCUGAGUUGUAUAUUCUUAAUUACUUUCUGAAUAGAAAAGUCCUGAUGGGAUCCUGUGUGGAUCCACUUACUACAGUAUUAGAUGGUGCCCUGUCUGCGGGAAAUAUCAAGAAUUGUCUUUGAAAAAUUCUUUUUAUGUGUUUUUAUUAAUUAGAAGAGCAACGCCACUGAUUUUGUAUGUCUUUACAUGUAGCUUAAGCACGUUAACUCAUUACUGUUUGUUAUUUAGUCUACAUUACACUACUGUACUGCGACUGUUAUUUUACUUGUA